AUGUCCGGCUACGACCGAGCUCUAUCAGUCUUCAGUCCCGAUGGGCACGUCUUCCAGGUUGAGUAUGCCAUGGAGGCUGUGAAGCGAGGAACAUGCGCCGUCGGUGUCAAAGGCAAGGACAUCGUUGUCCUCGGUUGCGAGAAGCGCUCCGCCCUCAAACUCCAAGAUACCCGAAUUACACCCUCCAAGAUCGCUAUGGUCGAUGAGCAUGUUUGCCUGGCCUUCGCUGGUCUGAACGCUGAUGCCCGCAUCUUGAUCGACAAGGCUCGGUUAGAAGCCCAGUCUCACCGUCUGACCGUGGAGGACCCCGUCACCAUCGAAUAUAUCACCAAAUACAUCGCCGGUGUGCAACAGAAAUAUACACAGAGUGGUGGUGUCCGUCCAUUUGGUAUUAGUACACUGGUCGUCGGCUUCGACAAGAAUGAUGGUACACCGCGACUGUACCAGACCGAGCCCUCUGGUAUCUACUCAGCUUGGAAAGCCAAUGCCAUCGGUCGAUCCAGUAAGACGGUUCGGGAAUUCCUCGAGCGCAACCACCAGGAGGAAAUGGACCGCGAGCAGACUAUCCAGCUCACCAUCAAGUCAUUGCUGGAGGUGGUGCAAACCGGUGCUAAGAACAUCGAGGUUGCCAUCAUGGCUCCUGGCGAGCGUGUCGAGAUGUUGCCGGAUGACCAAAUCGAGGCCUACGUCAAGAGCAUUGAGACUGAGAAGCAGGAGGAGGCUGCUAAGAAGAAGACCUCGCGCGGAGGUACUACCACCGCCGCCAUUCUGACUCGGCCCGGUGGCGGUGAGUCGGCCGAAUAA